AUGUCGCGACCGAAGAAUCAAAAUUACAAGGGCCAUGGAUUUUCAAAAGGAAAAGAUCGAGAACAGAGAGCAUUGAUCCGGUUCAAGACUACCCUUAUGAACACUCUGAUGGAUGUCCUGCGCCACAGGCCGGGAUGGGUGGAAGUGAAAGAUGAAGGGGAGUGGGACUUCUACUGGUGUGACGUCAGCUGGCUCCGGGAGAACUUUGACCACACCUACAUGGACGAGCAUGUGCGGAUCUGUCACUUUCGGAACCACUAUGAGCUGACCCGCAAGAACUACAUGGUGAAGAACCUGAAGCGCUUCCGGAAGCAGCUGGAGCGCGACGGGGGGAAGCUGGAGGCCGCCAAGUGCGACUUCUUCCCCAAGACCUUUGAGAUGCCCUGCGAGUACCACCUGUUUGUGGAGGAGUUUCGCAAAAACCCGGGGAUCACCUGGAUCAUGAAGCCUGUAGCCCGGUCCCAGGGCAAGGGCAUCUUCCUCUUCCGGAGACUGAAGGACAUCAUGGACUGGAGGAAGGGCACUGCCUGCAAGAAGUUCCAGGGCUUUGAGGCCCAGCCUUCCCGCUACUCCAUCAAUUCCUCUGGAAGCCAUGACCCAAGAAAUUCUGAUGACCAAAGAGAUGAGAUCCCUGUGGAGAACUACGUAGCUCAGCGUUACAUCGAAAAUCCAUACCUGAUUGGAGGACGCAAGUUUGACCUGCGUGUCUAUGUGCUGGUGAUGUCGUACAUCCCGCUGCGGGCCUGGCUCUACCGCGACGGCUUCGCCCGGUUCUCCAACACCCGCUUCACGCUGAACAGCAUCGACGACCAGUAUGUUCACCUCACCAAUGUCGCUGUGCAAAAGACAUCUCCGGACUACCACCUAAAGAAGGGCUGCAAGUGGAUGCUGCAGCGCUUCCGGCAGUACCUGGCGUCCAGGCACGGGCCCGAGGCGGUGGAGGCGCUCUUCCGCGACAUGGACAACAUCUUCAUCAAGAGCCUGCAGAGUGUGCAGAAGGUGAUCAUCAGCGACAAGCACUGCUUCGAGCUGUACGGCUACGACAUCCUCAUCGACCAGGACCUCAAGCCGUGGCUCCUGGAGGUCAACGCAUCCCCGUCACUCACGGCCAGCAGCCAGGAGGACUAUGAGCUCAAGACCCGACUCCUGCAGGACACACUGCACGUGGUGGACAUGGAGGCCAGGCUCACAGGAAGGGAAAAGCGAGUCGGAGGCUUUGACCUUAUGUGGAAUGAUGGCCCUGUCAGCAGAGAGGAGGGGGCUGCUGACCUGUCAGGGAUGGGAAACUCUGUGACCAACACACACCUCGGCUGCGUCAACGAUCGGAAAAAACAGCUGAGGCAGCUGUUCCGCUCCCUCCAAGCCCAGAAGAAAGCAUCCAGCUGACCCCAGCUGCCAUGGGGAGCCAAGAGGCCCUGCAAGGUGCCACCCCAGAUUCCAGCACAGUGGUACCUUGCGGCCUUCC